ACCCUAUAUACAGAGAAGUCAUAUAAAGUUUGAUUAGAAAAAUAUGUUUGGAGCACGUUUUGGGGUUGAUAUGGUGAUAAAACUGGGGCAAUCUGUUUUAACCAUUACUUAGUCCCAACAAUUCUUGAAAAUAACUUUCGCGUUUCUUAUGAGAAGUUACUGAACUCACAGAAAUGUUUCUCAAUUUUCAAGGUCGUUACGAAGUGGCGCCACUGAGUUAGUGCAGCUAUGUCAAGGCGAUCACGAUCCUCCCUGCCUUGCCUCACGUAAUGUGACCAGAGUUGCAAGUUUCUUAGAUACGAACAAGGAUGCGAGAAGUUCACGUUCCGUGGUAUUAUCGUCUUACUUUAUUGUCAAGUUUUGGAUUAACAUCAUGUGCUUUGCCUGAAAUCCUCUUUACUGUCUUGAUUGUUCUUCAAGAUGGACAGUUGGUUGUGGAUAAAUUUCUUCGCUUGUGGGACCUUCAGUGCUUAUUCUCGCUCAUCGCUGGGGCAAUCGGGAUCGCCAUCUUCUGGGGUGUGAAUCCUUCCAGGCGAACACAACGGGAUAACUACGCUGUAGUAACUUUGUGCCUUGUAUUUAGCAUUAUCUCAGCCAUGAUUACCGCCAUACUUAUCCUCCUUCACAUAAUAAUGAUGCAUCAUCUACCCGAUGGGGGCGCUAAGUUGUUGAAAACAGACGAAAGCUUAGAACAUCAUGAAGACUUUCCAGGGCUAUUGGUCUUGAUACUAACUGACCUUGUUGCAUUUAUUUGUGCUGUGGGAAACUGUGCAGGAACAACGGCGUACCUUCGAGAGACCAGGGCAAUGAGGAAAGAUUCUAUUCGAACUGUUAUUUAUCAGUUACAAAUGAAUUUCUCAAAUGGAUCAACUCGUUGUGAAACUCUGGAUAAAACAGAAGGGGCCGAAGAGAAAAUAAAAAAAGGUGUUGAUACACCAGAGGGCGCCAUAUCUCCUGUUCCCACAGCUGAAGCAGAAAGCAUGAAGGUUGUGAGAUUGUCACCAAGUUUGGGGACAGUAUACUCUUUGCCUCCUGGAAGUUUAAUUCUUGUUGAAAAGGACGUUGACUAAACUUUUACUUUUCAUUACGGUUGCUAUGUGCUUGUAUACAAGUUUCGAAAAUACGAAGACUUAAGGAUGUUUCAUAAGAAGAUUUUACAGACAAACAGUCAAUUUUCGAAAUCACUAGUUUAUCAUUAGCAAUGAUUUACACGUAAAUAUUGAUAAACAAAACUUGUUUGGAAGGGCUUAGUUUAUUAGCCACUUGAUAGGGUUUGCUUUUUAAGGUCUGCCGUCCAGUAGUAUGAAAUAAGUUUUCCAUUUUUUGAUAAAUUUUAGAGAGAAUAUGUCACAGAAAAAGGUAAUUUUUUCUAAAACCUUUAUACAGCGUUUGAAAUGGGGAGGGGGGUAUGAAAUUUUCGAAACUGGGUACAAUAUUUCUUCUUUUUCAUAUGCAUUCUCUAGCUAUUAUUAUGAAAGUAACUAAAAUGUCAAGAUUAUAAACUUAUUAGGUAAGAUAAUGAAUAAUAAUAAUAAUAAUUAUUCACUAGGUAUACGCGUGAGCAUUAGGUAAUUCGAUAUGAUAACGAGAGCUGCACGUUCGCCUAGUGAUUUACAACUUGUAUGGCGGGAUUAUUAAUUAUACAAGAUUCCAAGGACAAUGAAACAAUAAAAUUAAGUAUAAACAGAUGUAUACAGUUACGAGUGACAGUAUGGAAACUGUGAUGGUUACAAACUCGGUCAUACUGACUGGGCCCAAAAGAAGAGGGUUCAUUCGCUCCAUUCAUGCACUACUUUGUCUCAUUCGUGCAUCGUCUAUUGAACCUUUCCCUUCUAAGAAGCUUACAGUCUACUAAAAGGUAGCGGGAUGGUGUCGGGCCUUCCUGAAAAGAAGUGGGAUGGUAUCCCGCCUCACUUCAAGCACUGCUUUUAUAUAGUCACAACACUAAUAUUAUUAUCUCUGUCUAGUGUGUCUUCUUACUCUUAUUUUAAACUCACGCAGAACGUAGAAAGAACUAUUUUUUACUAUUAGACAUCUUGCCUUGAAUUUUACGUUUUGUUUACGUUUCUUGCGUGUUCCUUCAGAUAUAAUUGUUAAAAUUUAGUAAAAUAUCUGCUGAAAUCAAAUAUUCUUCUCCUAUAAUUCUAUAUCUUAUAUAUUGCAAAAUCUUUCAGUAUACAUUUAUCCUUAAUGCUCUCCUGUUCUUUUACCCAAAAUAUUUUUUGCAUGUACAAAUAGAUCAGAUGCUUUUGGCGCACGAAUAUAUUAUUUGCAUAAUACAUAGGCAUAUUUCUCAUUUUUAACAUGUCAUGCUUACAAACUUAUAAGUGUUACUCGUUUUAAAAGGCAAGUUAUCAUAGUAAUUGUUCAUUACUUAAUAUAUAUUAUACAAAUGUAUUAUUAUCACUAUUUUAAAACUAGUAACUUAAAUUAUAUGUUUUAAACACUUUUGGGUCAACAAAACGUGCAGAAUUAUGAGAUUAAAAAAUUUUAUCAAGAAAUAUUUCUUAAGAAUUAAAAAAUUAAAUCAUUUUUUAAAAUCUGUACAAAAUUUUUUUGCUAGUCUUACUUAUUAGCGACACUUUGAAAUUUAAAUCUAUAUUGCGCAACCUUAGUUAGCAAAUAGGUCAGGGUAGUGUAAGACGUAACGUUAAGGAUCACCCAAUCGUAUGACGAAAACAACGUAACAUCUCCAAUUGGGCUGUUAACGAGUUGCAUAUUUCUCGAGUGCCUUGUUUUACACUCGAGAAAUGUUAUUUCAAUCAUCUUUGAUUUUAUUAAUGAUUAAAAGGCGUGAUAGCUGUAUAUCAAUAUUAUAGUUUCGUCCAUAAUUACUGACAGACAACAGUGCAUAUGAUAAUUGAAGGUUUUAUUUCUUUCCACGAUGUUUCCUCACCCAUCAUUAAAAAUUUAUAAACGUGUGAAAAAAUGACAUAUUUUGUAGUUUCCUGAUAUUUGCAGGUUGUUACUUUAAACAGCUUCUACUUUUAAAUAAAUAAAUUGGUAUCCACGUU